AUGGAACCCUAGCGCUGCGCCGCUGCCCGCCGCCACCCCGCCGCCGCGGAUCCCCAGCUCCCCUCCGGCCAAAUCCAUGCCCCUGCGACCUCGCCAUCUCCUCGCCCCCCUCCUCAUCCAAGGCGGCUUUUCUGUUCGGCAACCACUUUGAGGGCAUACGGUUUGAGUGGACCUCUGGCGGCUGAGAUCACCAGGGCCUCGUCCUCGCCCCCGGCAGCUCGGAUUCGUCGUUUGCAAGGUCGGCAUCCACGCCUACAUCACAUCCAUCAAGAAUGUUUGCCGAUUGGAGUGACGAUAACACUACGAUCUUGACCGAGCUCUUUGUCCAACAAGUGCGUGCUGGCAAUAGGCCAGACAAGCACUUGACUCAGAAUGCUUAUGAGGAAGUUGCAAAAGAUUUCAAAGUCAGAACAGGUCUGGAGUACACCAAGCUCCAACUGAAGAACAAGUGGGAUAAGUUGAAGACUGAUUACAGCAAUUUCAGAAAACUCAAAUUGAAGGAGACCGGUGGUGGGUGGGACUAUGAGAGAAACACCAUCAAACAAGAUGCUGAAUGGUGGAAGAAAGCAAAGAUAGACAUCCCUGGCUGUGGCAAGUUCCGAAAGUGUGGACUUCAAAAUGAGAAUAACUUAUCUAUCAUGUUUGCUGACAUCACGAGUGAUGGUACAGAUCACUGGAAUCCUGCUUCAGGCACCAUUCCCCAAUCUAGCAGUGCAACUUCUAUUUUCAAUGUGGACGACAUACAAGAUGUUGAUCUGGAGGAGACCCAAACAGGUGAGUCACAUGCUGAUGGAAAAGGGAAGAGACUUGGGAGGUAUGUGGAUGGCAAUAACAAGAAGCCAAAGACAUCUCUUGUUAUACAAGAACAGAUAACCAGGGGUGGAGAUAUAGCAGAGAGGACCCAAUCCAGCUUUGAGUCAUACAUGAAGAAAGAAGAGAGUUCAUCGAUUACUUCUGUGAUGGAUCUGGUUGUUGAGUGCGGUGCAAUAGUAGGAAGUGAUGAAUAUUUCAUUGCUAGUGAACUAUUUGUGAAGCGAGAGCAGAGAGAGAUGUUCCUGCAUAUGACGGAAAGUGCUGCUCGUUUAGAUUGGUUGCGUAGGAAAUACAACACCAAGUAUGGGCAUUAGAUGCUACUGAUGUUGUUUGUGCCUAUUGGGAUGUAAUACUAAUUUAAAGUUUGAACUUAAUUAUGUACUCUGGUUUACUUGUAAGACUAUUUGGGUUGUAACAUUACUAUGUUAGUCCCAUUCUUCCUUUUUUUCAGUUGUUUGUCUUCAUUUACCUUGUUUCAGCCGUAUGUCUUCAAUCUGGGUAAUAUUUCUUGUAAUCUUACUUAUAUUACUGCUAUGACUCAUCUUGCUGAUGGUUACAUGAUAAAUGUUGUUACAUAUGACUUGUCUUUAAUGUUACA